AUGGACGAAGCUACCCCAUUCCUAGUCCUCACUAUCAAGGCAUUAAUAAAGACAACUGAAUGGAAUCCUGAGCUCCUUAGACCCCUACAAGGCCUUGUUAUUAAGGUCUACAUAAUAGUCCCCUACAUAUUCCUUACCGAGCUGGCGCGCGACCCAUUUUUUGGCCUAAAUGGAUGUAGUAAUCAACCAUUUUUUGCCAAGGUGUUUCUUUCGUUCGUCGACCGUAACACUGACUCCUCCGGAAUAAUAGAAAGAAUAAGACAGCGAGAGCUUAUCCAACACUUGCGUAGACGAGGAGCAACCGAGGAACGAAUGAAAAAAAUAUUAACAGAGCAUAUCUUCGAACCUGCUAGGAUGUUUAAAGAAGGGGUGUCAAGUCACCAAAUUGAAGAUAUCUUCACCGAAGAGAGAUACAGAAAUGUCUUCAUGGCAGUUUCUCCCAUCUUGACAGCCUAUCCGAAAAUAUAUGGGCUCAAACAGGACUUUAUUUACUAUGACUCAAAGAAUCUUUUCCCGAUCACUUCCUCAAAUUCUUGCAUAUUGCCCAGUUCCUUGAACAUCUUGGACAUAGAUCCUCCGACCUUCUCCCUCUUCAAAGUCCUGAGAGUAACUUUGAGAAUAUCAAUGAACAAACUAGAGCUGUGGGGAAAAGUGUUAGGUUUGGACAGCAAGAAUUUCUUUGAACAACAGAAUGGUACGAUAAAAUUCAGAGGAGCAAUCCAGAUUGAUGGUGUUGGUAUUUCCACUCUGAAGCAGGCCCAAGACACUACCAAAUAG